UUUCGUGGUCCAUUUUUUUUAAGAAAAGGAGUUACGAAAAAGGAGGUCACAGAAGUCGUACGAAUCCAAUCCCGUGGAGAUUCUACAAUCCAACAAUGGGAUUUCUCCAUGAUUCCGGCCGCUUUCUCCUUCUCCUCGUAUCAAUCUAUCUUGUUCGAUCGUCAUUGUCAUCAUCACAUCGGAUCAAGAUGACGAAGCAGCUCUUGUUGGUCGGUGGCUACAGCGAUGAAAUCCACCUCUUAGCGCUGGACAAGCACCAUCUCCACUCCAUCGCCUCGUUUCCAUCAGGUACCAAUCCCACCUUUCUGGCCACGCUGGGCAACGUUCUCUAUGCCGUAAACGAAGUGGAGAGUGGCGCUCUCGAGGCAUUCUCCUUCUCUCCACACCACACCUCUCUCACUCGUCUCGGCCACCCCGCCUCCACUUGCGGCGCGGACCCGGCUGCCAUUAGCGUCCACUCCAGCGGCAAGUGGGUCUUGUUCGCGAACUACAACGGUGGCAGCUAUGGCGUUCUCCAAGUCGACCAUAGUCGCCACCAGGGUGUGCACCAGCAACCGGUUUCGCUGAUCAAGGUUCCAGGCCUGACGGAGCCGAGCAACAAUCCCCGGCAGGAGGCUCCUCAUCCCCACCAGAUCAUCACGGACUCCUCGGGAAAGUUUGUCUUCGUUUGUGAUCUCGGCACUGACAAGAUCCACACCCGAGUCCUCAACGUCUCGACUGGGAAGCUCGACGAGGCCGCUGCUCCGGAGGUUUCACUCGAGCCUGGGUCGGGUCCUCGGCAUUUGAUCUUCUCCCGCGACGAGCGAUUCGCGUACGUGAUCAACGAGCUCGCAAACAGCGUGAGCCAGCUUUCGUAUGAUCCGGGGAAUGGAGCACUGCGUUUGAUCCAGAGCUGGUCCACUCUGGAUGAUAGCGUAGCGAACAAGAGCGCGUGCACGGCGGCGGAGGUGGCUCUCUCGCCGGAUGGGAGGUAUUUGUAUGCGUCCAACCGUGGUAACGCCGAGGAUACCAUCGCGGUGUUUGGAGUGGACGCUGAAGGUGACGGUGGCCUGACCUUUCUUGGGCUGGAUCGAGUCGGGGGUUCUGGGCCUCGGCAUUUUGCGUUUGAUCGGUCCGGGGAGAUGGUCGUGGUUGGGCUCCAAAACUCGAACAAGUUGAACGUUCUUUCCAGGAAUGUAGAAACGGGGAGGCUGAGUGUGGUUUUUAGCUUGGAUGGUGUACAAGCUCCUUCUUUCAUCCAGUUUAUGUAAUGUAUGUCUAUGGAGAGUAUAGAACUUGCAAGGAUAAUCUUAUGUUGAUGGUA